AUGUCCGAAGAACGUCGCACUGUUAAAGUUGAUCCAGUCUCUGUUGGCGAGAUGUCCGAUUUGGAUAAUUUGGCUCAUCUGGCAGCAUAUGGAGGAGAUGGACGAUUAUUUAAAAUGGAGGUUGAUUACACAAAGCAAGUCGAUGAAGCCAUCAUGAAAGCCGACGAAAUAGCUAAAAAGGGGGACGUUGUGGCCGCUGUCGAAAGCUUGAAUAAUAUUGAGAAGCUUUCUCGACUUGGGUCAGACAUGAAAUCAAAUACCAGAGUAGUUCAACACAUGGUUAAACUUGCGUUCGAAGGAAAAAAGUUUGACUUGCUAAAUGAAACUAUUCUCAAUCUUUCGAAAAAGCGACUUUUAAUCAAAAUUGCCAUUGCGAAAAUGGUUCGGGACGCGGUUUCAAUGAUUGAGAAACUACCAACGGACGAAAUUAAAAUGAAACUAAUCGAGACGCUAAGAACUGUGACUGCCGGAAAAAUUUAUGUCGAGGUCGAAAGAGCUCGCUUAACUUCAAUGGUUGUACGUAAGCUUGAAAACGAAGGAAAAAUUGAAGAAGCCGCAACGAUGUUACUUGAAUUGCAAGUUGAAACUUACGGAUCUAUGGAAACGAAAGAGAAGGUGGAGUAUCUUUUGGAACAAAUGAGAUUUUCGUUGAUUCGUAACGACUUUAUUCGUGCCAAUAUAAUAUCCAAAAAAAUCAAUAUCAAGUUUUUCUCCAAGGAUUUAAGCGAUGACGUUCAAGAUCUCAAGCUCAAAUAUUACAAUUUGAUGAUUCGUAUUGGACUUAAUGAUGGAAGUUAUUUGGAUGUUUGCCGUCAUUUCCGUUCAAUCUAUGACACUCCGAAAAUCCAAAUUGAGACCGCAAAUGCGGCUGCGAUUCUUCGAAAAGCUGUGAUGUAUUGCAUUCUUGCACCACAUAAUAAUGAACAAUGGGAUCUUCUCAAUCGCAUGGCGGUUCAGCGGGAAAUGGAAACUAUCCCAGAAUACAAAAUAAUUAUCGAUCUAUUCAUUAACCAGGAGCUAAUUUCUUACAAAGGAACUAUUGUGGCAAAAUACGAGAAGUUGCUUCGUCGUGGAACUUCUAUUUCCCCUGAUACUGGCAUUUUUGAUAAGUCAAAGGAUGGUGAAAAGCAUUGGCAAGACCUUCACCUUCGUGUUGGAGAACAUAACAUGAGAAUGAUUGCCAAAUAUUAUACUCAAAUCACAUUCGAACGUCUCGCAGAGCUUCUUGAUUUUCCGAUUGAAGAAAUGGAAUCAUUUGUGUGUAACUUAAUCGUUACUGGUCAAAUUACGGGCGCCAAACUUCACCGCCCAUUGAGAAUUGUGAAUUUGCGUGUGCAGAAGGAUAGCGUUGUACAACUUGACCAGUGGGCGAGCAAUGUGCAUAAACUGACAGACACUCUUAACAAAGUAUCUCAUCUGAUUCUCAAAGAACAAAUGGUACACAAAAACUUGGAUUUAACAGUGGCAAAUGCCUAA